AUGUACACUUCAGCAACUAUGGUCCCCAUCUCGCAAACGCCACUAACAACGUCCUUGCUUGCAUCCCUUCGUACGCUGAAGGACUGGUCGCCGUUCAGCAUAGAUGCUCUAGGACUGGUUACUAUGCUGGGCGGUAACGAGGUUGACAUCGCCGUCGGCCGCCUAGUUCAAAAUCCGUAUGCCGAAUUCCUACCGAUGCUCGGGGCAUAUGUCUUCGCCAACGACCAUUUCACUGCCCAGCUCCCUGGGUUCGCAUUAUACAAUAUAACUGACUCUAUAAUGACGACAGAGGUGAAAGGGUGGCUAGUCCGAUGGCUAAAGAUGCAGAAUCUCAGGACUAGCACCAGCUGCUUCACCUGGAACAUUGAACGGUCACCACAAUCUGGUUUCUUAACGAGGAACAUGCUUGCUCUUGCUAUUGGAACAAUAUCCACUGCACCGCUUCUCGUGUUAACCAUACUUAUGGGCGACUGGUUUGGACUAUGCAACGUGGUCGCUAUGGUAGUUUCCGUUAUUGUCCGAUGGUUUCUCCUCCUCGAGCGGCGAAAUGGGCUUGACGCUGGAGCAAAACGAGCUGUCAGUAAGGGCCGUGAGAGUGGCGAUCAAGACAUAGUCAAGGUAUUGGUUGCCCUUGACGAUGGCAAGCUUGUCUCCAUGUCCGCUCCCCGAGGCGUGGUGCGCCAAUGUUUUACGAGGCAGGCAGAUCUUCUACAUCCAGCCGCGUACAAGUUUGCUAGAGGAGCGGGCUGGUCUUCCUUUGCGGUCCAUGCCAUCGCUCUAGGCAUGUCAUCCCUUUUCACCCAGAUUUACACGGUAGUGUUAAUGUUGAGUGGUACAUUGCUCGCCUGCUACGGAGUUGGGUGCAACGAGCAACAUAUCACCCCCCGUAUCAGAGCCAAACAGCAGAAUAUUGACCGGGACGAUAAAAGAAUGUGGGCAUUUGUGUAUAUGGACAUGACUCGAAAGGAGGAGGCUGUAAUGGAGCACUGGUCCCUUCUCCCGCGGCGAUCUAAUCAGGGCUGGUGGACGGCCUAUGCGAAGGCCAAGGAGAAGCUGGUCGAAGAACAGAAUCAGAUAGCAGCCGUCCAGUAG